AAGAUGGCGGAGGGGGAGACAGAGAAGGAAUAUGACACACGGAAAGCUAUCGAGGAGCUCCGAGGGCGCUUCCAGGGUCUGACCACAGCUUUGAAAGAGAGCUCGCAGUCUCCGUUGGAAGCCUCUCUGCAUUUCUGCCAGGAGUUUUGCCAGGUCCUUGUGGAGCAUGCUGGCCGUUGGAAAACUGAUGAGGAUCCACUGCCUUUGCUGGAGGUCUACACUGUGGCUAUCGUCAGCUUUGCGCAGGCCGCCUCCUGUCUCUCCUCUGAAUGUGAAAACGUGCCACUCCUACUUGAAAAGUUAGCACUGAGCUGUGCAGAGCUGCUGCUCUUACUGCCCCAGCAUGUCCCUAUUGCCUUAUGGGAGGAGUUUCAGUCCUCCAUGAAGUCGGCACACAGCCUUUUGCAAGACAGCGGGAGCACGCAGCUUUACCAGCUCUCAGUUCUGGCGCAGCAAGAUGGCGUCUGGUCCAACACCACGUUAAGCAGCAUCCUGUCCAAUCAGACUCCUCAACCGGAACAAGUUCAUGAGUAUCUUGAGUUGGAAGGCCCCACGCUUCUCAACAUGAGGAUCAAGCAUCUUAUCAAAGUGGACAGAGCUGAUAAAGCUGCUGUCCUCGCAAAGAUGUGCUCCGAGUAUCCGGGAUAUGAAGGAAAAGGAAACUUUAAGCAGACUUACUUGCUUUGCAUCUGUAUGACAAAAAGUCAGGAGCAGCUAAUGGAGGAGAUCGCAUCAAUAGACUGUAAAGAUGCUCUUGAAAUGAUCUGCAACUUGGAGUCAGAGGGAGACGAGAAAGGAGCUCUCUGCGUAUGUUCUGCCUUUCUCAAGCGUCAGCUUCUCCAAGGGGAUGUCUAUUGUGCCUGGGAGCUCACAUUGUUCUGGAGUAAGCUACUAAUGCGGUUGGAGUCUUCGGCUGAUGCAUUCCUUGGACACAGCAAAGAGAUGGCUCUUCUCUGCAGAAGUGUCUGUCAUAUUCUGUUUCUAAUCAAAGUCAUCCAAAAUGAGCUUGGAGAGGUGGGACUUCCAGUGUGUGUGGAAAUGUGCAUUCAAGCUUUGAAAAUGACCUCCAGUGACCAUAAGGAUAGCAAGUCUACUAUCUGCAAGACUAUUUCCUGCCUCUUGCCAACAGAUCUCGAAGUGAAACGUGCAUGCCAGCUUACUGAGUUCCUCCUACAGCCUACCAUUGACUCGUAUUAUGCCGUGGAGUCACUAUACAACGAACCAGACCAAAAGCCUGAGGAGGAUGGGAGUUUACCAGUGCCCAAUUCUUUACGAUGUGAGUUACUGCUGGCCUUGAAGACACAGUGGCCUUUUGAUCCAGAGUUCUGGGACUGGAAAACACUGAAACGCAACUGCUUGGCACUAAUGGGAGAGGAGGCAGCUAUUGUGUCAUCUAUAGACACACUCAACGACACAGACGAACAGGAGGUGGAAAGUGCAAUUGGCAAACUCCCUGAAUACAGAGACUUGGAGGAUUUUCUGUUAACCACUACAAAUGAACUCAAUGAAAUCACAGAUGAAAGAGAAAAAAACAGAGAGGCGAAGAAACUUCGGGAGCAGGGUUUUGUGUCUGCUCGUUUCAGAAAUUGGCGAGCUUACAUGCAGUAUUGUGUUUUGUGCGACAAAGAAUUCUUGGGUCACAGAAUUGUUCGCCACGCACAGAAGCAUUUCAAAGAUGGAGUGUAUCUCUGUCCAAUUUGUGCUGACAGUUUUGAAAGUAGGGAGGUUUUAGAGCCACAUGUAGCAUCACAUGUAAAGCAAUCGUGCAAAGAGAGACUAGCAGCAAUGAAAGCAGCUAGGAAGGUAACCAAACCACCUCAGUCCCCUAAAAGUCCGUCAAAAAGUCCUAAAGUUGCUGCGAAGAUGAGUAUUAGUCCUGUUAAAAUGGAAUCUCAAGUUACUGAACAAUUGGCAUUGCCUGUUAAAAUAGAACAAACAACAUCUGACACAAACAUUAGUCAAGACUGUUUCUGUCCGGUCAAAAAUUGUUCAAAGGCUUUCAAGUUUUUCCGUAACCUCAUGGCUCAUGUCAGAUCUCACAAGGAUGACGAGGAAGCCAUGAGAUUUUUAGAGAUACAAAAGCAGAAAGUGGUGUGUCAGUAUUGCAGGCGGCAGUUUGUCAAUGUCAGACAUCUGAAUGAUCACUUGCAGAUGCACUGUGGUAGCAAGCCGUACAUCUGUAUACAGUUGGAUUGCAAAGCCAACUUUAACUCCAAUUCUGAGCUUCUAAUGCAUAGAAAAAUACAUUCUGAAUUUAAGGCCCAGUGUAUGUUCCCCAACUGUGGCCAAGUUUUCAGUGAGGCCUACCUGUUGUACGAUCACGAGGCACAGCACUACCUUACAUACACCUGCCAAACAGAUAACUGUGGCAAAAUAUUCUACUCGCAGUCUCAAUUCUUGUCUCACCAACAGAUUCAUAGUACAAAUGGUGCAAACUGUUUGCCUAUCGGUAAUCAAAAUCCUCCUGUCACUCCAAGAGUAGAGGCACCACUCCAGAGCCCCCCAAUUAGAGAAAACCCAAGUUCUGCAGUUGUCAGCCCUGAAAGUAUAAAGACAGAUGUAUAUAUGAAGGAGGUGGUAAAUGCAAACACAUCACCAUGCACAUCUCCUGAGGUUGCUAUAGACGCAGUUUCUCAGAAAGUUAAACACUCGAUUGAAAGCAUGAUGAGUUCUGAAGGAGAGCCAGAAAUCCAAGAACCAGAGAAAUGCUACACUCCUUUAACAAACCCCACUCCAGCAGCUGAGGUGAACCCAGCACCAGAGCCUCCUCAUGUGCCCCCUAAUGAGGCUGGGCAAAGUGAAAACCCUCCAGUGUAUCCUGUACACAUUUUAACAAAUCCUGCAGCAGGGCAUCAGGGAGAAGGGCUUAAUAAUGUUCAGUGCAAUGAAUUUAAAAAUGUGAUUCCACCAAUAAUUUCUCCAAGUCAUAUAAAGACAGAAAUCCCUUCUUCACUGCAAGGCUAUCCUUCGAGCACACCUGCUGUGACUGCUGGCAAUGAGGAGAACCUGCAUUGCUGUCCUUAUAGUGAGUGUACAAGGGCAUACAGUACAAACAAAAGUCUAUCCAGGCAUGUGAAGAAGCAACACCCUGAAAUAUUUGAGGACUGGAAAUUGGCAAAGAAAUAUAACAAGGUGGCCAGAAUUACUGCAAAAAAGGCACCAAGUGGGCUUGCUUCACCAAGUCAGCGUCAGAACCUGGGAAAUAGGUCUCCAAAUCAGCCAGGAAUACUAUGCAACAAACCUGGGAUGCAGCAAAUGGAUUACCAAACGGGAUGUUCAAGCUCGCCAGCUCAGUGUUAUGCUGGAUCAAUGGAGCCUGUGCCUAUCACUCCAAUGGUGAACCCAACACUGUACCCAUCAUGGGGAAGCCAAAAUAAUCCAAGUGGAAUGAUGCAGGCAGACAUGUCCCAGUCAUGGUCUUCACCUCCCAUAAACAGCUGUUAUCCAGAGGCCUUCAACAUGAAUGAGUUCCCCUCUCGGGGCUAUCCUAAUUGGCAGCCAGACCCUUAUCAGAACACAGUGCCCCCGCCACCUGAAGAGAUCAUUCAAUGGCAGCUAUGCACGGUUCUACCAUGUCACAUGGGCCUUCGGAUUCAAGUUUGAUGUCACAGUACGUGUCCAGUUCUCUGAUGCUUGACAAUGGAGGGCAAAUGCAUAAUGGAGGGCAACAGUAUGGAGUAAUAAAUCCCGAGGGCAGUGGAG